AUGACUACUCAGACCUCAUUUGCUGAGAUUCCUUUGGCCAUUGCCCAUUCACAACAGAAUCUGCGUCUGCUUGAGCUUCCACCCAACCUGCUCGAUUUGCUCUCGGCUCCACGUCCACCCAGGUAUGUUACGCCGUCCGUUCAUGGCGUGACCUUAGUUGACCCGUUGAGGAAGCCUUUAUCUCAAGUCUUCUUCCCCAAGGCAUUCGAGGCACCAACUCAAUCGUAUCAAGUACGGCAGGUCUCGACAUCGAAUUCAGUUUAUAUAAUUGAGUCGUCAAUUGCCCGCCCUGCAUCUCGACGUGGGGAUGAUAUCAUGCAAUUUGAUGAGUCGCCAGCACAGCCUUCGAGCGCCAUGACUGCAAUCGCAAAAGUCGACACGAUGCUCGAGCUACUUCCGGUCUCGUACGACGUAAAGCCGAUGCUGGAGCGCCGUUUACCUCUCUACACGGCGUCUGAGCUGUCUUCGAGUGAGGAAUCGCUGUCACUCUUCCUGUCUCAGUCAGCUUCCGUCUCGAAGGAUGCCCUGUUCUCCGAGAUUCCUGCUCCCAAUGCUGAAAUUGAGCAAGCCUGGCGCGAUCUCCUGGCAUUCGAAUAUAAAGGUCGAUGCGCGAAACCCAGUGCUUCGACGUUGUUUGGUGUAUGGCAUUCCGUCAUCCAUUGGGCCGCUCUAGAACGAUGGGAUCUGGCUGGUGAUGUCAACUUCAAAGGAUUCUUUGUAACGGAGCAAGCCCCUUCUAUUGAAGCUAUGGUGGCGCAAGCUAUCUUAAUCAAUCUUGGGCAUGAGAAAUUACCUAACAGCACAGCCUCCUCCAUGCACCUAGACCGAACGAAAGUAGCUCGCUGGACCGGCAUGACCCUGCUGCAAGCCAGGUCGGAGAGACCAAAUUCCAAUCCACAGCUACUUAAGGACGACUAUGUCAGCCAGUGGCAAGACCUGCUGCCAGAAGCGUGGAGGGAGGAUGCCGUACUGAACAAGCUGCCAAGCGGUAGCUACGCUAUCGAGGCCGUAGAAGGGAAGGAAACGAUUAUCUGGAUGGGCUCAGAUGAGUCUGGCUUAGGAGCAGCACAAACCGCUACGUCUGAAGCGGCGAAAGCGACGUCCGGGAAGAGGAAAUGGCAUGAGAAAUUCAAGGCGCAGAGGAAGGAGAUGAAGAAGUGA